AUGUCUGUUGCAUCAAAUCCUUAUCCAGGUCUUACAACUUUAAGAGAAGGUGAACAAUUCGCCAAUGCAUUCUUCACAACUGAAAAGAAGAUUGAAAUUGCCAAGGCAUUGGAUGAUUUCGGUGUUGAUUAUAUCGAAUUAACUUCCCCAGUUGCUUCUGAACAAUCUCGUCGUGAUUGUGAAGCCAUUUGUAAGUUAGGUUUAAAGGCUAAGAUCUUAACUCAUAUUAGAUGUCAUAUGGAUGAUGCUAGAGUGGCGGUCGAAACUGGUGUUGACGGAGUUGAUGUCGUUAUUGGUACUUCCCAGUUUUUAAGAAAGUUUUCUCAUGGUAAAGAUAUGAAUUAUAUUGCUCAAUCUGCAAUUGAAGUUAUUGAAUUUGUUAAAUCAAAGGGUAUUGAAAUAAGAUUCAGUUCCGAAGAUUCUUUUAGAUCAGAUAUUGUUGAUUUAUUGAACAUUUACAGAACUGUUGACAAGAUCGGUGUGAAUAGAGUCGGUAUUGCUGAUACUGUCGGUUGUGCUAACCCAAGACAAGUUUAUGAAUUAGUCAAGACCUUAAAGUCUGUUGUUUCAUGUGAUAUUGAAUGUCAUUUCCAUAACGAUACUGGAUGUGCUAUUGCUAACGCCUAUACUGCCUUAGAAGCUGGUGCUAAAUUAAUCGAUGUCUCAGUGUUGGGUAUUGGUGAACGUAAUGGUAUUACUCCAUUAGGUGCCUUGAUGGCCAGAAUGAUCACUGCUGAUCGUGAUUACGUCUUAUCUAAAUAUAAAUUACACAAGUUGAGAGAUUUAGAAAACUUGGUUGCUGAUGCCGUACAAGUGAAUAUUCCUUUCAAUAACCCAAUUACUGGUUUCUGUGCCUUUACUCACAAGGCUGGUAUUCAUGCUAAAGCUAUAUUGGCCAAUCCUUCAACUUAUGAAAUCUUAAACCCAAGCGAUUUCGGUUUAACCAGAUAUAUUCAUUUUGCUAACAGGUUGACUGGUUGGAACGCUAUUAAAUCAAGAGUUGAUCAAUUGAAUUUGAAUUUAACUGAUGAUCAAUGUAAGGAAGUCACAGCCAAGAUUAAAUUAUUGGGUGAUGUCAGACAAUUGAAUAUUGACGAUGUCGAUUCUAUAAUUAAGGAUUAUCAUGCCGAACAACAAACAACUCCAGCCUUAAAGCCAGUGGCUAAUGGUGCUGAAGAUGUGGAGGAUGAACCUGAAGCUAAGAAGCAAAAGACGAAUUAG